AUAAUCGAAUGGGCAUUCACGUCGUAAAAUCUGCCAUUUUAAUAAGAUUUACUUAGGAAAACAACCUUUUCUGUAAUUGCAUUAUUUAUUACCAAAGUUUCGAUAACGGUUAAGUCAAUUUUUGUGUAAUUUUUUGAAUUUAUUAUUAAGAAAAAUGCUCGGAAUAGGUGAUGUCGAUAAAAUAGAAAAACCUACAGUACUCGAGGAUAUUGCCAGAGCGGACAAAAUCAAGGAGGAAGCCAAUGAAUUUUUUAAAAUUCAAGCUUACGACAAAGCCAUAGAAUUAUAUACAGAAGCCAUCAAAUUAAAUCCUAAUGUAGCACUUUAUUACGGCAACAGGAGUUUUGCUUACUUAAAGACAGAAUGUUUUGGAUACGCGCUAAAGGAUGCAUCCAAAGCUAUUGAAUUAGAUCCUAAUUAUCUCAAAGGAUAUUAUCGUAGAGCGACAGCUUACAUGUCGCUGGGUAAAUAUAAAUUAGCUCUUAAGGAUUACAAAACUGUAUGUAACGCAAGACCAAAUAACAAAGAUGCUUGUGUAAGAUAUAAAGAAUGUUAUAAGACAUUAAAAAUUAAAUCUUUUGAAGAAGCUAUCUGCGUACAAGAGAAUGAGGAGAGUUUAGCUUUAUUGAUCGAUUUAAACAUAAGGGGUGCCAAAGAAGAUGAAGAAGGGCCAAGUUUAGAAGAUGGCAAAGUAACGCUUAAAUUUAUGCAGGAUUUGUUAGAAUGGUAUAAAAAUCAAAAGAAAUUAUUUAUCAAAUAUGCCUAUCAAAUUUUAGUAGACGUUAAAGCAUUGUUUAAGGCGCAACCAAGUUUAAUAGAUAUUACCAUACCAGAAGAUAGUAAAUUUACGAUUUGCGGUGACAUACAUGGACAGUAUUAUGAUCUAUUAAACAUAUUUGAAUUAAAUGGACUACCAUCGGAAACUAACCCCUAUUUAUUUAAUGGAGAUUUCGUAGACAGAGGUUCUUUUUCCGUUGAAUGCAUAUUCACUUUAUUUGGUUUUAAAUUAUUAUAUCCAAAUCAUUUUUUUAUGUCUAGAGGUAAUCACGAAUCUGCAACCAUGAAUCAAAUGUAUGGAUUUGAUGGAGAAGUUAGAACCAAAUACUGUCCUGCGAUGGCAGAAGUGUUCACAGACGUAUACAAUUGGCUUCCUCUUGCGCAUUGUCUUAAUAAAAGAGUACUCGUAAUGCACGGUGGAUUAUUUUCAAGAGACAAUGUAACUUUAGAAGAAAUUAAACAAAUUGAUAGAAACAGGCAACCACCCGAGGAAGGUGUAAUGUGUGAAUUAUUGUGGUCUGAUCCGCAACCACAAAUGGGUAGAGCAGCUAGUAAAAGAGGUGUAGGUGUACAAUUUGGUCCUGACGUAACACAAAGUUUUCUUGCCUUAAAUAAUCUUGAUUACAUUGUGAGAAGUCAUGAAGUUAAAAAUGAAGGUUACGAAAUAGGACACGAUGGAAAAUGCAUUACUGUAUUUUCUGCCCCAAAUUAUUGUGACACAAUGGAUAAUAGAGGUGCCUUUAUCACGCUUAAUGGAAAAGACAUGACACCAUGCUUCACCUCAUACGAAGCAGUGCCUCAUCCAAAUGUAAAGCCAAUGAUAUACGCUAACCCGUUAAUAAAAUUCAUGUGCUAGUGGAACACCUUAUGUAUAUUAUUGAAAAACAAAUAAAUAAAUAAUGAUAACUAAGUACGAGUAGCCCAAUCAAAGUGUGUAUGAUAUAUUUGAUACUGAAAGAGAGAAGGUAAAAACAACUUAUGCUUCUCUACAACAAUAAUUAUUGUAUUCUUUUAGGAGCUAGAUAAUUUUCUGUAUCAUAGUAUAUGCAAAGAAUGCAUAUUGACGGGUACAAAACUGAAAGAAAGUUUGCUUGUUUAAUCAAUUCGCAAACAUAAUUAUCAAGUUCUCUUGUCUAUGAUAAGAUCAACGCCUCAUUAAUACAUCAGCAAUUUGUGUUUUGCUUAUAAAGCAAAAUAAUACACGAAAGGAAUAUUUCUAUUUUGUACCCUUGAUGAAACCACCAUAUUCAUUAAAGAUUAAACAUAUUUGCGCACAAAUGAAAAAUAUGGUCUAUGAAAAAGAUUUCUAAUAAAAAAUAUUAUGUUAGUAUAUUUGCAUAUAAAAAAAAAGGCAAAACUCUCUGUUAUUUGUUACUUUAUUCAUUUAUUCUUUACUGGAUAAUGGUGGUUUCUUUUAUAAGACAGUGAAUAUUACAUAUAUAUAAAAGAAAAAAAAAUCUAAUAGAUAUGCGAUUUGGCAUGACUAUGUAGUACAAUAUUCCAGCCAAUCACUUUUUGUCACAUCAUUUGUGACUACUUUUUUGCAAACUUAUCGUGAUUGGUAGAAUUCAUUUAACCGAAUAUUUUGUUUUGUUAAAUAAUAAAUAAUGCUUAUAA